CUUAAACACACCGACUAUCUCCGGAGCUGCCACGCACAUGGCGUUUCCUACGACCGGAGGCCGCUUCUCGACUAAUUGAAGGGGGUAAUCACCCAUUCCGAUGCCAUCGUUUUCCCUCCAUCAUACCUGCUGCCGCAAAAGCAAAACCCUAAUUCGGCUAGAAAUCUAGGUCGUGAAGAGCAGAUUGAUUGAUGACAAGGGGCUGGCUAUGGCGACGAUAUGAGGUGGUUACAAUUCAGAGAUGAAGCCGAAACUAAGAGGGAAAAAUUGGGGAAGGAGUGCGUUCCAGACUUUGAUAACGAUUUACAAUGUGAAAGAGUUUCUGGAGGAUGGGGUGUACAUACCUCCGGAUGUGAAGGUGAAGCAAAUGAAAGGGGCGAAGCCAGCUUGACUGUGCAAAAGAAGUUUAGUACUGAUAGGAGCAAGGUGAUGACUGCUUAUGAGGUUAGGGAUAAACCUUCUGCCCUAAAGUCUGAUGAUUGGGACCGGGUUGUGGCGGUUUUUGUGUUGAGGAAGGAAUGGCAGUUCAAGGAUUGGCCUUACAAGGAUCAGGUACAGAUUUUGGCUAACCUUGUUGUGCUUAUUAUUGGUAAAGUAGUUAUUGGUCUCUUCACGCGAUUGUAAGAUGACAACAUAGAGUCUGCAAAAACGGUUUAAUAGUGGAAUGUAAAGAUUAACUCGGUGAGCUGUUCUUCGUUCAAAGCAUCUCUGUUUACUUCUACAUUGUGGCUUGACAAUGGCAUUGUAAAAAAAUUGAACUUGCAGAUUAGUAAGAACUAGAGGCAUCAGAACAGGGCAGCUGCAUUGGAGGUGUGGGACAGAAUGGAAGAAUUCCUGCAUUCAAUCUCACAUUCUCGAAAAAGGUGCAUCAAUGCUGAAAGUUCGCAUGAUCGCAUAUUUGUUGUGUAAAACAUAUAGUAAUCGAGAUAUGUGUGAGCUCCGGUGAUUACUAGCUGUAGUUUUCCCCAUUUACGAUUGUCGGAAUGCAAUUGAUGCUUUUUUGAGGCGUGCAUUGUGGGGGUGGAUCCUGUGCCCAUAUUUAUGCCUGAAUAUAAAGUUGCAUGAGACAUUGGCUCGUAGUGUCGCUUCAGGAACAGAUCACAGUAGAGUAAAAUCCAUGGUGCUUUGCGUUUGAACACAUGAAUUGGUUUGCAGUGUAUACUCACUAGAGCUUUUUUCUCAAGUUAUCCUUUGGGGCAACUCUUUUCCCCAUCUGUGAUGUUUGGAUCCCUAACUGCGUGGAAGCUCCAGGCACAUAAGGAUUGGCUUGACAUUAGUGAAAUGCUAUGAUUAUGAGGCAGCGGCUACUUCAUCGGAAAAAAUCGUUAGAAGCGAUUGGUGCAUACAAUGUUUAAUCUAACUUGAGGCCGAGUUUAUUUAUCAUGGGGUAGAGUGAUCCUCGAUCUAACUGUAUGGGGACACUUCUAGUUAGAUACAUAGCCCUACAAUUGUUGGUUAGAAUGUUGGUUAAUUUCCUUGUUGAAUUCGCGAACGGUAUGUAGUCUCUACUUGCCAUUUGAACUAUGAAGUCAAGAUUCAUGCCAUCACAAGGUAAUCUGAAUUCUACAGUACUUGUUUACUGGGACACAGUGCAGCCAAGUCCUCUUCACUUCAGCUACAAUUGUUGUCUUUUUACCAACUUUGUGUGAUUUUCCCUACUUAGCAAAGUUAGACACUGAUCUGAUUUCAUGUUUUUGAGCAAUCUGGAACUAUAUGUCUCAGCACAUUGAUUGAAAUAUUCGCUUUCAUUCUUAUUUAGAACAGAGACGAUUUCAGAAGCUGCCUCCUGUCAUGUGGAUUUGUCAUCGAGGAGAGAUGUCAUUGUUUUUAUCAAUCUCUUCCAACGGCAAUCACUUGGUUGCAUUGCUAGAGGUGGGUUCCUUACUCCAUCUCCUUGUUUUCCCUUCUUUACCAAGGUUGCUUGUGGUGGUAGAUAGGUUGAUCAUAUUGCUAACUAACUGGUGGGAUCUGUUUUAUCUUCUCUCCUUUUAUUGUAGGCUUUUAUCUUUAGCACAACAAGAUAGUAAUUCACCACUUCGCAGGUUAAUCAGUCAUACUUUAAGUAGCAUUUCAGUCGCUUAACAAGCAAGAAACAGCAAAUUAUCAAACUGCAGUAUAUGCUCAUGUUGGCGGAGUAGAAAUACUGAAUUAGCUUCCUCGUAUAAAUAUGGGAACUUCUAAUCUCGUACAUGAUUCAAAAACACAAUUAGCUCACACUCCUGAGAACAGUACCUCAAUUAUUAAUCCUGAGCAUAUUCUAUCUACCAUAAGACAUGUCAAAAGUUUACUGUUUCUUAGUGUCUCAUCCAAAGGGGUGACUUGUUGGUGACAUUACAAAAUUUUGAUGACCUAAAUGGAACUUUUUUCCUGCUUCUCUCUCCUAAUUUUGCUCCCAUCCACUCAUAUUCAUCUCUUUACUGUACCCGCCCAUCCACCACUCUAUCUCAAUCUCUCCAUUUUCUUCGUUGGAAUAGGAGGAAGAAGAAGAAGAGUGAGCAGAGGAACCAGGGUGUGGUCUUCGGCGGCCGUGGGUGAUGGGGAUAUUCCUGGGUUUUUGUUGGUUAUGAUUGGAAUCAUCUUUUGUAGGUGCCGGCAACGGCAGAAGCGGUGCUUGAACACUAGGUGACGGAACAAGAAGAUUUUUUUUCCUUUUCUGAGAAUCUCGAACAGGUAUGGGCUAAAGGCUGUUUCUGAUCUCUUCUUGAUUUUCAUUCUUUGUUUUCAGAGUUUAUAUAAUUUAUCCUAUCUAGCUUAUGAUGAUUACAAUGGUGAAUCAAUUGUUCAUCCCUUAUAAUUGGAUCUGUGCGUGGUCUUCGGCGGCCGUGGGUGGCGGGGAUAUUCCUGGGUUUUUGUUGAUUAUGAUUGGAAUCGUCUUUUGUAGGUGCCGGCAGUGGCGGAAGUGGUGCUUGAACAGUAGGCGAUGGAACAAGAAGAUUUUUUCCAUGGUUGUCAAACCGGUUUCAUGCCGGCUGGUUCAACCGGGUUCAACCGGUACCGGUCAGCAAACCGGCUGAAAAGGGGCCGGUAUUUAACUGUGGUCAAAUCCAGUCAAUGCCGGUCAGAUCCGCUCAAAUCCGGACAUUCCGGCUGGUUAGACCAGAAACCGGAAUUUAAUGUUACUCAUAUUAUAUCCAAAAAUAAACAUCUUCCAUAGGAUUUGAACCAAGGACCUCUUGUUCAUUUUAGCAUAACUUGUAUACCAGUAGGCUACAAGCAAUUUUGUUGUCUAUAUUAACCUUAUAUGUUAUAUAUCUAAUACUAAAUUUUACCCAAAUCAUUAUAAACAUUAAUAAAAUUUUAUUUUUAAGCAUCUAAUUGUUUAGUAUUAGUUACCAAUUCUUAGCUAUAAAUUAUUUUGUGUGAAAUAAUUCUUCUAAUUGCUUUUUUAUGAAUAAUUUAUUUGGAAUUGAGGAUUUUCAUUUUCCUCAUGUAUUUUAUUAAAACCGGCACAACCGGCAUGAAUACUGGUUGUACCACGGUCAGACCAUUCCACUUAUAAAACCGGCAUACCGGAAUAACCGGUUUGACUCCUUUCUGAGAAUCUCGAACAGGUAUGGGUCUAAAGGCGGUUUCUGAUCUCUUCUUGAUUUUCAUUCUUCGUUUUCAGAGUUUAUAUAAUUUAUCCUAUCUAGCUUAUGAUGAUUACAAUGGUGAAUCAAUUGUUCAUCCCUUAUAAUUGGAUCUGUAUUUGUUAGUUCCAGGUUAGGAUUCUGAGUUCGAUGGGAAGCCUUGCAGGAAUGCAACAAAAAAAACAACCCUCAGUCAGCUCCCCAGCCGGUAUGUUGCCCAAAUAGUGGUUGUUAUCAUAUAUGGUUGUUAUCAUAUAUGGUUGAUAUUCCUCUGCUUUCUUCAACCUUCAAUAAAGAUGGGUCUUCUAUUUUGUCUUUCUUUGUUAUUCUGAAGUAUAUGGUCUCCAUUGUUUUUUCAUUUCACUCAAUUCAUUUGGCUUUUCCCUCUAACUCCUGUCUGUGUUGGUUUCUUCCAUCUUGGUUUAGGAGGUAAGAGGAGCUCCAACCGAACAGGUGUCGGGUGCUGCAACCUAACAUAGAGGAUUCUGAGAGGACCCAGGUCCACGAGUUCCACAUCGGCGAGUUAAGUUUUUUUCUAUAUUUCAGAGUUUAGAGUGAGUAAUGAGAACAAGCAGACCCACCAAACUGCAUUUUCGAUCGAGGUUAUUGUUAUCUCUUCCCGUUUAGUUUACUUUCGUAUUUUCAGUAGCUAAGUUCUUUCUCUUCCUUCCUUCCUCAAAAUGGUUUGUUCACUUUUUUCUGAAGCUUCAAUUGUGGUUUUGUAUCCUUUUUUAGAACAAAGGGUGCCCCUACUUUCCAAACAGCCUUCUUUGCUUUUACUGUGUUGAGUAGAAGUCAUCCACCCCAUUUUAUCUACAUGUAAACAAACAGAAAAGUAAUCCUAUUAAUUGAUUGAAUUCGAUAGCCUACAAACUGUUAUUGAAUGGAUGAAUAUAGCCAUUUUGGAAACUUACUGAUGUUGUUGGCGACCCAUUACCGUCAUUCUUAAUGUAUGUGUUCGCUGCUGAAUCUGCACGUCCUUUCUACCCUUUUUUUUUUGCUCUCGGGUUCUCUUCUCCAAAACAAGGAUCAUUGAUGUAUCAUCAAGAACAAAUCUUUAUGUUCGGUAUGCAAAUCAGACUUAUAGUUUUGUGUUCUCAUUGCGGUGUUCUUAUUUUAAAUGUUUGGAUUCAAUUAUGUUCUUUUCCAUGCUCAAAGAUGAAGUCUUCUUCGCAAGAAGUCUGGAAAUGUCACAGAGGAUUUGAUUACAGAGUUCUUUAGAAUAUUCUUACCGUUGUUCCUGUAAAAGCUACACUUUCAAAGUCCUUUCAUGCCUUAUGAACAAUGUAUGGUUUGAUUUUUUAUUCAAGGGUAGAGGAUUCAAUGCUCAUAGCUGAAAUCUACGCUUUUUCAUGAUUUUAGGGAAGAACACUUCCACACCAUGGUGUCUGAGACCUUGACUGUAACCUAUCAUAGUGAAACUGAGUAACUUUAUAUGUAAUUGGUGUGAUACUCUUACAAACAUAAGUUAUUUGAUUUGCUUUCCUUUUUCUUUACUGCUACCCCUUUCUUCUGUGAUAUUUCAGUAGCUUGUGGAAGGACGUAUCUCCCAGAUUCACUCUCGAUCAUUGCUAGGUAUGAAAUAAGAAGGAACACUAAGGUUCUCUACAGCUCAAUACUAAUCUCAUGUUCUGUUUUGAAAUUGAGUUAACUUGUGUCAUGAAUUACAGCCCAAUUCAUUUUCUUGGUAAUGAACUGAGUCGCUUAGCUCAACAUCUAAUCCUACCUUCCUGUGAAUUCCCAGUUAAUUAAUUCCGUGUUUGGUA